AUUGCUUUGGACUCAUCAGCCAGCUGUUCAAAAUUGUCGUUUUUGAGCAAUUGUAAAUCCGCUUAAAAGCGAUCAUUUCCUAUUCGAUCGCCAUCAGACUUGAAGUUCGCUUCAAAGAUGAAGCUUCUUUUGGCAGUUUCCCUCCUGGUGGCGGUAGUUUCGUCAUACCAACCGAGCGAUUAUUGCGAUCCUGCGCUGUGUCGCUUCGGAAGCACCCACGUUGCCUGCAAUGCCAAACUUGAGUUCGCCAAUCCAACGGGGAUAACUAUUCCACUCGACCAGGCCAGGCAAACGAGGAUCGUCCGGAUGCACAAUGAGCUGCGUAAUAAAAUUGCCUCCGGAAAACAGGAUUAUUCUGGAGGUUUCUAUCCAUCGGCCGCUCGCAUGACUACCAUGCAAUGGGAUGACGAAUUGGCAUACAUAGCCGGUUUCAAUGCAAGAAGGUGUAUUACUGGUCACGAUAAGUGUCGCGCCACUACCAAGUAUCCGGCUUCCGGUCAGAACCUUGGCUAUUACAAGUAUAUUAAGAAAACACCGGACAUGGAUAAGGUAAUCGAUAUAUUGGUGAAUCGUUGGUAUGCCGAGUAUAAGAAUGCCAAUGUUGGACAAAUUCAGAAGUAUCCUGAAGGCUAUCAAGGACCCCAAAUUGGCCAUUUUACAGAGUUUGUGCAGGACCGUAACGAUAGGGUUGGAUGUACCCUGGUGCAAUGGUUCGAGAGCCCCAAGACGGUGAUCUAUCUGGCAUGUAACUAUGCUAGGAACAACAUUUUUGGCCAGACCGUGUAUAUCGCAGGAGACGUUGCAUCGCAGUGUACUUCUGGAACCAACCCGGACUAUCCGGCGCUGUGCAGCCCCAACGAGAUGGUAGACUACUCACAUGCCGGAAAUGAUGAGUGAUUUUAAUCUAUCCUUGCAGUCGACUUCAGAGCUAACUUGGAAAU